GUCCGGUCGCCGGGUGCGCGCGCAGCUCGACUGUUUUCCCGGCCGAAGCACGUGAGCGGGUGACGUCACCAGAAGCGGCAUCAUGGCAGCGGCGGCCAAGGUUGUAUUUGAACAAGAUGGCGUGUUCAUUCAUUCAUACGCCGAGAGAAAUGUUGAACAAGCUACACUUCGUGGGAUUCUGAGGUUGAUUGAUAAGGGUUCAGGAGCUGUGGUGGAUUGGACACCGGUGGAUGACUCCCUGGAUUCAUCAAAUAUUUUUUUUGCAGGAAAGGAUUCCAGUUCAGUUGUUGAAUGGACACAGCCCCCGAAGGAAAAAUCGUCCAGAAAUACCAUGCAUCAAAUUAGUUGUGAAGCUGAAUGGGAUAUGCUAAAUACAGUUUCCUUCAAAAAAAAAUCCUUUAUGAAUGGUGAUGAUGAUUCAGUGUAUACCAUGAGUAAAAGAAGUAAAUGGGCCUUCUCCUUCAGUCUGCCUGAUCUGCAAUCCAUCAAAAUAAAUACAGAAGACAUGGGCUGGUCAUAUAUGGUAUUUUGCCUUUGGGAUAAUACCUUUCUACCAGCUCUUCAUUUUCAUCAUGGGGGCAGCACAGAUUUACUCCAGUGUCUUAAGAGAUAUAUUCUUCUUAGUGAAUCACCACAGGAUGCCCGAGUACUCCUGGUUGCAUACAAUACCAAAGCACUUUCUCAGUCUUUUGAAAACCUAUUUGAAGAAAAUGCAGUUGGUUUAGUGCAUAAAUUUAAGAAAGAUCCAUAUAUAGCAACGUUCGGAGGCUUCUCCAAAGUUACAAAUUACAUUCUUGAUGCUUUUCGUGGUUAUGAAGUAACGCCCAAACAAAGACCUGCUUCCGAAAUGGAUCUCAACGACUCUAUUUCAGGCCUGGAAAUUAAUCAUCAAGAAGAACCAGGUUUUGAAGUCAUCACACGAAUUGACCUUGGCACAAGGCCCGAAAUUCAAAGAGGUGAACCAGUUACUGCUGAUAGGUGGUCUCAGAACAUGGAUACUGAUGAAAAAAUUCAAGAUCCAGAUAGCCUGAAAAAAAUAAUAUUCAAAGGGGGACUUUGCCACACAGUUAGAAAAGUGGCAUGGAAAUUUCUUCUAAACUUUUUUCCAUGGGAUAGUACAAAAGAAGAUAGAAAGCUGCUAACCAAAAGAAAAAUAGAUGAAUACUUCAGGAUGAAGUUACAGUGGAAGUCAGUCAGCGAAGAACAGGAGAAAAGAAAUACACGAUUAAAAGACUACAGGAGCCUUAUAGAGAAAGAUGUCAACAGAACAGAUAGAACAAAUCCGUUUUAUGAAGGACAAGAAAAUCCUGGAUUGAUUCUAUUGCAUGACAUCUUAAUGACCUACUGCAUGUAUGAUUUUGAUCUUGGCUAUGUCCAAGGAAUGAGUGAUUUGCUUUCCCCUAUUUUGUAUGUUAUGGAAAAUGAAGUGGAUGCCUUUUGGUGCUUUGUAGCCUUUAUUGAACAAAUGCAUUGUAACUUUGAGGAGCAAAUGCAAGGCAUGAAAACAGAACUAUCACAGCUGAGUACAUUACUUAAAUUGCUGGAUCUUGGGUUCUGGAAUUAUCUUGAAUCUCAAGAAUCUGGAUAUCUCUACUUCUGCUUCAGGUGGCUUCUGAUUCGGUUCAAAAGGGAAUUCAGCUUUCAAGAUACUCUUAGACUUUGGGAGGUUAUGUGGACUGGGUUGCCUUGUCAGAAUUUUCAUCUUCUGAUAUGCUGUGCUAUACUAGAUACCGAAAAACAGAAGAUAAUAGAAGACCAUUAUGGCUUUAAUGAAAUUCUAAAGCACAUCAAUGAGCUGUCCUUGAAAUUGGAUGUAGAUGACGUGCUUUGUAAAGCAGAGGCAAUUUACAGCCAAAUGAAAAAUUGCAAGGAAUUGCCGCAGGCUGUCGCUGAGAUUCUUGGGCUGAAGGAUAGUACUAUCGUAACCCCAGAUCUGGAAACUGGUGUGUCAGAAACAAGAGUUACCAAAACUCCCUGGAAGACAAACCAUUCAAAUGCAACAGCAACCUCCCUUACAGAGGCGAGUGAAGAUUUAACGGGGUAUAGAGACACUGCUCAAAAUGGGCUCAAAAUGACAGUUGUUGAGUGAAACUAAUGGCUGCAACUUUUUGAAAUCCAUGAGAUGCCACAAUUUGUUUACUUUUUGCUGAAGUCCUUGUCAGUAUUUGGAUUGAUCAAUGGGUUUAGUUAUGUGGUGUAAGAGAAUGAUAGGACAUAUUGCAAUUCCAAGUGUUUAAAAUGAAUGUAGAGGAAAUACGUUUUUCUAAUUACUUAAACCAUAAUGGCCUUCAUUGGGUAAUGCAUUUUUCAGACCAUGUCAAGCACUUGCAUGGAUGCUGGAAAACAAAGAAUUUGUUUUGUAUUGAUAUAAAAAAAUAUUUUGUUAAUUCACGGAAGUUUAUCCAGUUAGUGUAUGGUUUUAUUUUUUUAAAGGUUUUCUUUUUCUCAGAAAUAAUUAGACUAAAAUUCAUAAUUAAUUGAAUUAAAAAUAUACAAGAUUAAAUUAAAUCUUAAUUGGCUCGUCCAAUCCACAGAUGAUUAAUUCCACCCAUAACAGGGCAUCCUAUGUGAUAACUUGCAUUUUCAUGUGACCAGUUUUUGUGGGAAGUGAGACUUUUUGGCAAGCAAAUGUACUGGUUAGGUGAUAAUAAGCUAUCAUUUAAUUUUUUUUUGCAAAAGCUCUACCAAUUUAAUUAUUUUAAGUAAUGAAGCGAUGUUUUGCGCUGCCCUCUGGAUUUGGAAUUAGCUAUUCUAAUUGUUCUAAUGUGAUUGCUCACAAGAGUAUAGAAAAUGAUCUGAGAUUACUGAAAAUUGGACUGAUUAAAUUAAUCUACAGUGGUGUAAGAAUGUCCUAACUGUUUUUGUCACUGCCGUGUUAUAUGCUGUGUCAAUUAACAAACAUUUAUAUUAUAAUGUUAAUAAUAAUGCCGGAGGAUGAUUUGAUUUACCACUUUAACAUAUACUUGCAAGAUCUGAAGUUAAUUGACAGCAUUACCUUUCAGGAUCCCAAUAAGGUUUUGCAUGUAGUAGAGAUGAUCACAUCUGCCAAAAAAAGCUUGCUCAAAUUACAAUUAACAGCAUCCUUAGUAAACUAACAACCCCACUCAAAAGUUCCCCCAAAACAUUUGUAUACUUUUCUUCAGCUGACAAUAUUUGUUGAGAAGCUUAAUUUUAAAGCUGUAGCAUUGCUGGUCCAUACAUUAAUGUAUGGUACAAUAAAGCACAUUGAAUAAAUCUAUAACUUGAAUUACCAUAUGCUUUUUAAUGUGUUAAGAAUGUACAGUGGCAAAAUUUCUAACAUUGUAAAAAGCCUGAAAAUUUGUAUUCUGAAAAUAUGUAUAAAAUGUAAUAUAUAACUUUCCUCUAUAUAAUAAGUAGUUUGUUUUCACAACACCAAUUUGUUGAGCGAAUGAGUUGGAAAAAAUUCUGUUUGUGCUGUUUGCAUGUUACUGCAGAAAAAAAAUCUCUUGCCUUUUAAA